GCUUCCCUCAGUCCUCCUCCUCUCCUCUUCUAAGAUAGGUACUUGUCUGCCUCUCAUGUCCCUUCUGCAUUCUAAAGACACUGCUUCUGUCAGCUCUUCAGGCACCAAAGAAGGAGUCAUCGUAGGUUCGGUGUCUUAGAAGGAUGGAAUCAAUCUCUAUGAUGGGAAGCCCUAAAAACCUCAAUGAAACUUUUCUACCAAAUGUGGCCAAUGGCAUCAAGGAUGCCAGUAAGGUCACUGUAGGCAUCAUUGGAAGUGGAGACUUUGCAAAAUCAUUGACCAUUCGGCUGAUCAGAUGUGGGUACCAUGUUGUUGUAGGAAGCAGAAACCCUAAACUUGCUGCAGAGUUCUUUCCCCACGUGGUUGACGUCACUCACCAUGAAGAUGCAGUAACAAAAACAAACAUCAUUUUUGUAGCUAUUCACAGAGAACACUACACGUCUCUGUGGGACCUCAAGCAUUUACUCGUCGGUAAAAUUCUGGUUGAUGUCAGCAACAAUACAAGAAUAGACCAAUAUCCAGACUCCAAUGCAGAGUAUUUGGCAUCACUUUUCCCAGAUUCCCUAGUUGUCAAAGGAUUCAAUGUUGUUUCAGCUUGGUCACUCCAGUUAGGACCUAAGGAUGCCAGCAGACAGGUCUAUAUAUGCAGUAACAAUGUUCAUGCUCGCCAUCAAGUUACUGAGCUUGCUCGUCAGCUCGGUUUUAUUCCUGUUGAUCUGGGGGCAUUGUCAUCUUCAAGAGAGAUUGAAAACUUACCUCUGCGACUCUUCACACUGUGGAAGGGGCCUGUAGUGAUUGCCAUUAGUCUGGCAACAUUUUUCUUCAUCUAUUCCUUCAUCAGAGACGUAAUCCAUCCAUACGUGAGAAAUGAACAGAGUGACUUUUACAAGAUCCCUAUUGAGAUUGUCAACAAGACUCUACCAAUUGUUGCCAUCACAUUACUUUCCCUAGUGUAUUUAUCAGGACUUAUUGCAGCUGCUUAUCAGCUUUACUACGGCACUAAGUACAGGCGAUUUCCGCCUUGGCUGGACAACUGGCUGCAGUGUCGAAAGCAGCUUGGACUGCUCAGUUUUUUCUUUGCAGUGGUGCAUGUGGCAUACAGCCUUUGCUUGCCUAUGAGGAGAUCAGAGCGGUACUUGUUCCUCAAUAUGGCUUAUCAACAGGUUCAUGCAAAUGUUGAAAAUUCUUGGAAUGAAGAAGAAGUGUGGCGAAUUGAAAUGUAUAUCUCCUUUGGAAUAAUGAGUCUUGGGUUGCUUUCUUUGCUGGCAGUGACUUCUAUCCCUUCAGUCAACAGUGCCCUAAACUGGAGGGAGUUCAGUUUUAUUCAGUCUACACUUGGAUACGUUGCUCUGCUCAUAAGUACUUUCCAUGUACUGAUUUAUGGAUGGAAAAGAGCUUUUGAAGAGGAAUAUUACAGAUUUUACACACCGCCAAAUUUUGUUCUUGCCCUUGUUCUGCCUUCCAUUGUAAUUCUAGGUAAGAUCAUUUUACUUCUGCCAUGCGUAAGUAGGAAACUAAGGAGAAUUAGAAGAGGAUGGGAGAAAAGCCAUGCAAUAGAAGAAACAAGUGGAUCCAUUCCACAUUUCUCUCCGGAAAGAAUAACUGUGAUGUGAUGAUUGACUACUAUUUGUUAGUACUAUUGCAGAUGUUUGACUUUUUCUUUGUUGUGUUUUGCUUUUUUUGUCAUAAACUUGUAUUUUCAGGAGUUUAUGCGAUGUAUGUGUAAAGUCAGCGUGGACUUGCUUGGCAUACAUACAAGCCCUCUAUGGAGUUGUGAGAAAUUUAUAACUAGGAAAAUACUAUUUCUGAUGUCUACCAAAAUACUUUAUUUUUAAUUACAGAGGGCAGGUAAUCAUGAAAUCAGAUGUUUUAAUGCUCCUUUGCACAGUUGUAUCACAGUAAUGUUUCAUUAUAAUGAUGCUAUUGAGAUAUUUCUUUGACUCAGAGAGUGUGUCAGAGUGCUGUGUCUUAACACCAUACUUUACCACAUCUGUCAUUUAAACCACAGUUCUGGGUUACUGAGUUCAGAAUUUUGACUAAUAGAGUUAAUAAUUUAGGAAAUGUUCAGAUUUUGAAGUAACCGAAAUUAAUUUGUAAUGAUGUGUUGCACAUGUACAGUGUAUUUAUUUUUGUGGUUUUACAAUAUUCCAUGAUUUGAAUAUGCAAAGCCAAUUUCAAUUGUGGCCAAAUUAUACGUCUUGUAGGCAGAUUGUAUUGUACCUUAUAGGGCUUUUCUAAAAAGAAUCCCAUGGAAUUUUAAACCUUAGCAUCUCUUUAUUUCUGUGUGUCAUAUAAUGAGAGCAUUAUUAUACAUGAGUGGAAAGACUUGCAGAUACGUAUGCAAGCAACUACUUUUUGAUGAAAUAUUAUUUUAAACUACCAGAAGACGUUUUAAAAUGAAAAUACUGAGAAGUCUGCAACAGUAAAAAUCCAUUUUCACUGUGAAACUUCCAACAUGUUGGUACAACAGGGAAGCAUCACAUUUACACUGGAAUUUUAGUUAUAUAUGAAUGUCCCACAAUCUGUCUUACAGUCUUAGUAUCAUUUGGUGUAAAUACAAUCUUCUAUUUUUAUAUAUAGUCUUACUUUUACAACAGAAGAAGUUUCUGAGAUAUGCCUGAGUUUUUGAGAAACAAAAUGAUUAUUCUCAAACUUAUAAAUGAAAUUUUACCUCUAAGACUUGACAUUUAUGUCUUCUGUGGGAUUCAGAAGAACACUGAAAAUGAUUUAUUACUACUACUUCAUCACUUUAACAAAAUAACUAAACCCAAUUUAUGUACCCUCAGGCUAGUCUUAAUUAGCAAAACUUUUAUUUUAAUGAAUGAGAAUUGGUCCAAAUUUUCCUUGGAUAUAUGAAAUUAUAUUUUUCUUAACUAUUUUUGCACUGAGUCUCUGAUUUUCUUAGCUGGGUCUUCACUUACUAUUUCUUUGCAAGAAUUUGUCAUCAAUGUGAUACCUGUGAGAAAUACAGUGUACUUACGUUGAAUUUAACCUGAAAUAUCAUCAAUCCUUUGAAUCUCAGUACUUCUAUAAUGAAACCGACAGCUCCAUGGAAAUAGAAUCUGGAAUCAAAUUCUGCUCCCAGUUACAGUAGCUUAAAUCUAAAGAGUUUGUUAGCUGUUCUUAAUUUCAUUUCAAACUCAAGAAUGUAAUACAGUUUUAGUUUGAUUGUAAUAUCUGUGUUCUCCAAACAUCAAGUCUGUACAUUCAGGGUUUGUUGAAAAUCAAGAGACAGCUGGAUCUUUUUAAUUCCAAGCACAUUCACCAGGGUAAUAACGUUACCGUCCUAUUUCCAAUAUACAGCUAUUUCAGUGACAAAUGUAAUACGUGAGCCCAAUACCGUUUUAUCAAACUAGAUAUUUAGCAAAAAAACUGUCAUUAUUACAUACAGACAGGAGGUGAAGCUAGUAGGAAUCCAAUUUUCUCAUAAAAAUGGAGAACAAAUGUCAUUUACAACUGCUAACUUACUUUGCCUGUGUGUAAAUUCAUUUCAAUACAGAAAGUUGUAUAUUUUUGGAAGGCUUUGGAAGGCCUGUAACCAGAUUUCAUAGCCAAGGUUUCUUAUUCCAUUACAGACAGAAACAAAGAAAGCUUGGGCAUUUUUACUCCAUUACUUUAAAUAAAUUUAAUUACAGAAUUAGCAUAAAUAGUUCAACUGAUACAACUAUUCUCUUGGUUCUAAUUACUCACAUAUCCAGGUGUUUGCAGGAAUAUUUGCUUGUGAGUUGUCUGGAAGGCAGUUAAUCUUCACAAAACUGUGGUAUUGUUUGUGUAGAACUAUUUCAACUCUUUGUUAUUAAUUUCAUGCUAGAGAAAACAGCAUGUGCGUCUGAUAUUAAAAUACACAAAGUCUUGGAGAACUGUAAUGAGAUAAAUACCAUGCUAUGUUCUGUCCCAGUUCUGUGCAUGAAACCUAAUUAAAGUCACUAGAAUUGAGCAGUAUAACUGAAAGUAGAAUUUCCUACCUUUUAACAAAUUUAGGAUAGAAACCACUGCUGUUGACAGUUUCCAAAUUAAAUAUGUUGCUAUUAUUUUUAUAGCAAUUAUACACUUCCGUAGGAUGUAUAAUUAUCAUUCAUGUCUAAUUCUUGUUUGAUGCAGUAGCGAUAAUGUUGCAGAGCUGUAGUAGCUGAACGUUAUGUCGAAGUCAAUAUAUGUUGUAAUAUAUCAUGCAGCCACUCACAGUAUAUACAGAAAUGUACUUGCCAUCUUUCCUAUGCAAAGUUACUUCUUCAUUAGACUUCUUCAAGAGUGUUAAAACUGUUAAAUUUUGAACUGACAGAAGUGUCUGGAGGGAAUAGUAACGUGUUGUUCCUUUCUUCAAACUACGUGUAUUGAAAAUCAAAAAUGUGGUUUAAUUUUACUUGAAAGGUUGAAAUACUGAAGUAUUAAUAAAUAGAUUAUAUUUUUAGAUGCAGUAUGUGAAAACAUUUUGUUAAGUAUUUGUGCUGUCAUGUGACAUAUGGUUUCCAGUUAGGCCGUGUAUUUAUUUCUAACUGGAAUAACAAGAUGACUUGUUAUUUAAUCUUGUGUAGUGUUCUUUAUUGUAAGGACCAAUUCACUCCAACGAGACACUGUAAGUCUGAAAAUAAAAGGACACUCAUGCAUUUGUUACACAUGCAUAUGUUCAGUCACAUCAGGAAACUAUUUGUAUGAUUAAUGACAUUGGUUUCUGUGGGAGAACUUGAGUAAAGAGUUACUGGAAAGACACCUGAGGCUAAAAGUUCGGUUUCAGUUGCCUAAGUAUUCUCAAAUAAAAUCAUUUAGACCCUUUAGUUAUUUAGGAGAAUAUACAUGUAUUUUGAGGAAUAGGCUGCUAUAAAAAUACUUUCUCUUUAACGUUGUAUAAAUUGUUUACUGAUGGUAGGGAUGUUCUGCCUAAUGUGAAAAUAACAUUCACUUCUCUUAAUUACUGUUAAAUAAAAACAAAAUACUGCUUGAUAUGUGAUGCAGAGCUUUACAUGUUAUGUUAGAAAGUAGAAACCUCUAUGUAUUUAGCAACAGGAUGUCUGUUUUCUAUGGACGUGAAGGUAUUUCUUAGCUUUGUUUAAAAUGCAGUUCUAUUCCAGAUUCCAUAUCUGUCUUUAAUUUUAUAUUACAGUUCCAUUAACUGUGGCAACUACAUACAAGUUAAUUAAGUCCUCAUGUUUUUGAAUUAUUUAGAGAUUAGCUGUUUUGAAAUUCAGUUUUGCAAGUUGUUUGCAUACAUAGCCUGUGGUAAUAGUUGUUGUGAAUUGGUGCCACAUUUAACGUUUUGUUCCAGCAUUGUGCAUAAUGUGAUGUGCCAACAUGAGAAAGAAAGUACAUUUGUGUUUUUAUUUGGCAUUAAUUGGCUAUAAAAUAUUGUGUGUGUCUAUAUGCAAUUAGCUAUACAUGCUGCUCAACUUGCACUAAGGGAAAUUACUGAUUAAUAUAAGGCAAAAAAUUCCCAAGUGGAUAUAGAUUUCACAGGUAUGACUAUAGUUAAGAAACAGUUUUCCUCUGAGUGUUGUUAAAUCAAAGUUAGAUGUAUCAGCUGCAUAAAGAUUAGAUAGACUGAGUUUUUAAGUGCAAUAUUUUCAGCUGUAGCAGUGAAUUUAUGCAGUGGUAGUAGCUGCACAUGCAUAGUUACUUUCAGAUCGUACAUCUCUUAAUGCACAAGUUUGGGAUUUCUUGGAUGUUCAUUUGGUAGUAUUUUCUAUAAAUGUAAUAAGUAAAGUUGCAGUACUGACAUUGUAUCGUUAUAUGAUACUGCUUGAAUUAAUUAGAUUGCAGCCUAUGAAACAAGUGACACACAGAACUGACCUCAACAGUGAUCUUUAUCAUUAUAUGUUGUUUUUCAUGCCUUGCUGGCAAUGUCUUGCAAUGACCAUAGUUUGUCUCUCAUAUGCAAUAUUUUCCUGGUAUUCUCUUUGUAGCUGUUUGUCAGAGGGUUUUUUGUGCUGUUUCUCUGAACAGGGCUAUUAUAAAAUAUUAGUAAAAUGCUUUUACCUAUUUUUUCAUAGACUCUGAUUUACACAAAAAUCAAUAAAAGGUUAAUGUCAGGUAUUUGGCUUCCUCUUCUGUUCUUAUGCAUAAUAAAAUCCAGUUUGUUUUCCUUUAUAA